AUGGCUGAACAUGGAUUCUCGUAUGAGAAUGAGAAAGUAAAGAAAACAAGGUAUCAGAUAUUUAAAGAUAAUGUGGCGCACAUUGAGAGGCAUAAUCAAGAAGGUAAACACACGUACAAGCUUGGGAUAAAUGAAUUUGCAGAUCUAACGAAUGAAGAGUUCUUGGCUAAGUAUGCUCGAAGUUCCGUGCCAUCAUUUAACGUAACAUCGAAUCAAUCAUCUUUUGAAUACAAAUGUACGAAACACGUACCACAUCGUCUUGACUGGAGAGAUUACAAUGCCGUCACACCUAUACAGAAUCAAGGAGAUUGUGGAUCUUGUUGGGCAUUCUCAGCUGUUGCUGCCAUUGAAAGCAUAGUAGCCAUCCGAUCGGGAAAGCUAACCAGAUUAUCACAACAACAUGUUUUGGAUUGUAACUACGAGCAUGAUACCUGCGAGGGCGGAUUAAUACAUAAUGCUUUCGAAUUCGUUAUAAAAAAUGGGGGUCUUGCAUCUGCUAUCGAUUAUCCUUACACUGCAAUUCAAGGAAAAUGUUCCAAUAACAAACCAUCAUCUCUUUCCUUAAACAUCACAGGCUAUAGUGUUGUUCCUCAAAAUAAUGAGAAAGCAUUGUUAAAAGCAGUAGCUAACCAACCUAUCGCGGUUUACAUUGAUGCAAGUACCUUCCAAUUUUAUAAGUCUGGAGUUAUGACAGGGAAGUGUGGAACAAGAUUAAAUCAUGGGGUUGUAAUAGUUGGUUAUGGCAAAGAAGAUGGGGUGAAGUUUUGGUUGCUCAAGAAUUCGUGGGGAAGAGGAUGGGGAGAGAAUGGAUAUAUGAAACUGAAGAGAAAAGUACAUGCUAAAGAAGGCAUGUGUGGUAUUGCAAUGUUUCCUGUUUAUCCAAAUGUAUGA